AUGGUAAACAAGAACUGCAUCAGGUGGCUUGUUGGAGCAUGUGGUGCUAUAUAUAUGGCUCUAGGUAUAGCUCUGUUUAUAAUGGGUAGUUAGGCCUAAAACAAUCAGUUCUUCUAGAUUCUGCAUAUCAAUAAUUAUGCUUUCUAUGCUUUAAUCAUCACAGGUUCAAUUAUGAUGAUGAGUGCUGCACUUGGUUGCUCAGCUGCAGAUACUAAGAAUGAAUUCAUCACUUUUAUAGUAAUUUAUCUCAUUCUUAUUGAAUCAAAUUCCAUAGUACGGCUACAUUUCAAUGUGCAUUAUGUUAUUAUUCUUUGCUAUGUGCAUUGCAGUUAUAAUCAUCAAAAGUAAGAUAACAUUGAAAUUGUGGACGCUAAGAUAUAUUUAGAAUCUCUAAAGGAAACCAUAUAGCAUGGCUGUUAAUCAAAUACUGGAUUGAUUUAUGAAAUGGAUACAAUCUAUAGAAAUGGCGAUAAGAUUCUCUGCUCUUCUAGCUAUGCAUCAAAUUGGCCAGAAGAUUAGAGGUAGAGCAUUAUACACACAGAUAUGGCAACUGAUUCCUUAGAUGAUUGCCCAUUCACUGGAAUGACUGAUUAUUAGCAGAAUAAAUACAUGAAACUCCUAUAGGCACUCGAAACUUAGUUCAAAUGUGCUGGUGUUUGCUAUAGUCCCAAAUUUUUCUUAUUUUCCAAUAUUGCAGGCUUACUCUUCCUUGUUGGCUUUGUUGCAUUGCUUGGAUUUGGAGUGUCCUUUGCUAUUUAUUAUGUGAAGAAUUUGCCCAAACCUAAUUAGAAUGGCUUCUAACCAAUGAGGAUCAGAUGA